AUGGAUGGCGAUACCUCGAGCAAGUUUGUCCCCGAAUACAGGAGGACUAACUUCAAGAACAAGGGGAGAUUUUCAGCCGACGAACUACGUCGUCGUAGAGAUGUGCAACAAGUUGAAUUAAGAAAAGUGAAGAGAGAUGAGGCGUUGGCCAAGAGACGGAACUUUAAUGCCCCAAUUGGCAACGAUUCGGAUGACGAAAACGAUGACGAUGAUGACCAGGACUCCUCUUUCUACAGACAAUUACGUGAAGAAUUACCCACAAUGUUGGAUCAGAUCCAAUCGAACGAUUUACAACAGCAACUGGCUGUUACCGUUAAGUUCAGACAGGUCUUGUCCAGAGAGCACAAACCCCCAAUCGAUUUGGUUAUCAGUACCGGUGUCGUGCCAAUCUUGGUCCAAUUCAUGAGCGAGAACCAACCUGAAAUGUUGCAGUUGGAGGCCGCUUGGGCUUUGACCAACAUCGCUUCUGGUACUUCUGAACAAACACGAGUUGUUGUAGACGCGGGAGCUGUUCCUCUAUUCAUCCAGCUACUAUACUCGAAUUCUGUUGAAGUCAAGGAACAAGCCAUCUGGGCCUUGGGUAACGUUGCCGGUGAUUCCACGAAUUAUAGAGACUACGUGUUACAGUGUGGAGCCAUGCAGCCUAUCUUGUACUUGUUCGAAUUGAACAAGACUUCCUUGAUCAGAACUGCAACUUGGACCCUCUCUAACUUGUGUCGUGGUAAGAAACCUCAACCUGACUGGUCUAUCGUUUCCCAAGCACUACCAACCUUGUCGAAGCUAAUCUACUCUAUGGACACGGAAACCUUGGUGGACGCAUGCUGGGCUAUAUCUUACCUAUCAGACGGCCCUGUGCAAUCCAUUCAAGCUGUCGUCGACGCCCGUAUCCCAAAGAGACUCGUGGAGCUCUUGUCUCACCAAUCUACUCUAGUGCAAACCCCAGCACUAAGAGCCGUGGGUAACAUCGUCACAGGUAACGACUUGCAAACACAAAUAGUUAUUAACUGCGGUGCACUAUCUGCCUUAAGAAACUUGUUGUCCUCUCCAAAGGAAUCUAUCAGAAAAGAGGCUUGUUGGACUAUCUCAAAUAUAACCGCUGGUAACACGGAUCAGAUUCAAGCUGUUAUUGAUGCCAACUUAAUCCCUCCAUUGAUUAAGUUGUUAGAGACUGCAGAAUAUAAAACCAAGAAAGAGGCUUGUUGGGCCAUCUCCAAUGCAUCUUCUGGUGGUUUAAACAAGCCAGAGAUCAUCAGAUACUUGGUUAGCCAAGGCUGUAUAAAGCCACUAUGCGACCUACUUGAGAUUGCUGAUAACAGAAUCAUUGAAGUUACCUUGGACGCCCUAGAAAAUAUUUUGAAGAUGGGUGAAAUCGACAAGGAAAUUAGAGGCAUUGCCGUAAACGAAAAUGCUGACUUCAUCGAAAAGGCAGGCGGUAUGGAAAAGAUCUUCAACCUGCAGUCAAAUGCUAACGAAAAGAUUUAUGAAAAGGCCUUCAAGAUCAUUGAAAAAUACUUCAGUGACGAAGACGACGUCAUCGAUGAAUCUAUGGCUCCACAAACUGCAGGUAACACAUUUGGAUUUGGGUCAAACGUCAACCAGCAGUUCAAUUUCAACUAG